GCACACAUCCAGAUACAAGAAGAGCUACACAAACACAUGAUCUCUGAUCUACUGGGUGUGAGUGAGUGAGCACAAUUGCACAAGACAAUCCCUGGAGUGGAGGAAUCAAUCAGCCUCCAAGACCACAGAGGGGGCCACGCCCGCGCCCCAACCCCAUUCUGUUUUCUUGGAUUCCUCCCUGCCGCUGCCAUCGCCUUGCCCAUAAUUUUUGUUCAAACUCCUGACACUGCCCCCCUUCCCCUCUUAACUCCCGGACUGCCGAGCCAGCCAUCGGAGCGAGCCAUUGCUUUGCUUGACCAGCUUCCUUCCUCUGCUUUCCUCCCCCGGCAAUGUGCCCUAGAGCAACGGCCGAGCACGGCGGCGCCGCGAUGGCGAUGACGAGCGCGCACUCGUUCGGGGAGGAGGAGUACAUCGACCUGGAUCUCAGCUCCUGCGGGGAGUACGAGUUCCGGGUGCGCCGGAGCAAAGCGCCCUGCGCGGAGGAGACGACCUGCCGUGGCAGGACGCACAGGGUGGCGCCGAGGCCCGGUGGCAAGCUCCCUCACGCUGAAGCCACCGCUGGUAGCGGCGGCGGCGGUGGCAGGAGGAGCACCGCCACGGUCGCGCCGCUGCAGCAGUCGCAUGACGUCCGCGGCGCGCAGCCGGCGAGGGCAGCGCGCGGGAAGGCCGUGCGCGCGAGGCUGCAGGCGUCGCGGGCCUUCUUCCGGUCGCUGUUCGCCAGGACGUCCUGCUCCGACCACGAGUGGUGCCGCGGCGGCGCUGGCGUCCCGUGCCCUUCCGGGAGCGUUAGCGGCAAGAAGGGCCCGUUUGGGCAAUUCAAGAACGGCGGCAGCGGCGCGGGUCCGACGACGCUGAGGAGCAGCAUCGAGCAGGAGAAGGAGGAGGAGGAGGAGCAUGCGGCCAGCAUCCGGCAGCGCAAGUCCUUCUCCGGCGUGAUCAGGUGGCGGCCGUCGACGACAAGAGCACCCGCGCCAACGCCGCCGCCGCCUGUGUCCUCGACGAGGCGGAAGUCGUGCGGGAGCGUCCCCGCGGCGCUGACGAGGAGCAGCAGCUGCCGGUCGGAGUGCGAGCCGGAGGGGCUGAUCCAGGGCGCCAUCGCCUACUGCAAGCGGACGCAGCAGCAGCAGCGCGUGCUCGCCAGGAAGAGCGUCUGCGUCAGCGACGCCACACUCUGCUCCUCCUCCUCCUCCUCCUAGGACUCCAUCCAAGCAAGCUCUUCUCCGAGCCUAGCAAGUAGCGACCCGAAUUCCCCACCUGUGUAGGUAGUAGCCUGCUACGUGUGCAUGAGAAAAAAAGGCUUUGCAUAGCGAUCACAGUGACAAUAAUGUGAAGUGCUUCUGUUCCUUUUCCAUCUCAUUAUUAGUAGGACAUACGGAAAUUCGCUUUGGAA